AUGUCUAGAGUACGCCCAUUUCCUCGGAAGACUGCCGCCGCAAUCGCCGUGGUUGGUGUAGUUGGAUUGUGUGCUGCUCGAAAAGCCUCAUUCCGCAAUGAGGCAUUCGCGGAGUCCCCAAAAGCUUGCGGUGGUCCUGGCGCUCCUGGGGGGUUUGGAGGUCGUGGUGGUCCCGGUGGGAGAAUGGGCUUUCACACCCUGCGCCUGGAAAGUUCCCAGCAAGUGAACGACAACACUAAGCGCCUACGCUUCCGACUACCAGACCCAGCUUCGAACGCGGAUCUCUCCUUGACCUCGUUUAUCCUCACGUUUCACAAACCAAAAGACGCGUGGUUUCCCAUAAUCAGGCCAUAUACCCCAAUUAACAACUUUGAUGAACCGGGGUACAUUGAGCUCCUGGUCAAAAAAUACCCCAAUGGCAGGGCUAGCGGAUACUUGCACUCUCUCCAGCCCGGCGAUCAACUGAACAUCCGAGGACCUAUGCGGGGCUACAAAUGGAAAACCAAUGAGUUUGAACAUGUCAAUCUCAUUGCCGGUGGUGCUGGAAUCACUCCAAUGUACCAGCUGAUCCAAGGGAUGUUGAACAACCCCGACGACAGAAGUAAGAUCAAGUUGAUUUUCGGGGUUAACACGGACAACGAUCUUGUCAUGAAAAAAGAACUUGAUGCGUUUGAGCAGAAAUUCCCCGGUCGUCUCAAGGUUGUGUAUAGAGUCUCAGACCCGGUUGAGGGUUCCCCGUUCACUAAGGGCAGGGUCACCAAGGAGUUACUGGAGAAGGAAUUGCUGGGCCCAAAAGAUAGCAAGAGUACUAAGGUCUUCCUAUCUGGACCUCCGGCUAUGGAGGCGGCGAUCUUUGGAAGUAAAGGGUGGAUUUCCAGCCAGAAGGGAGUCCUAGAAGAACUUGGCUACGCGUCAGACCGGGUUCACAAGUUCUAG